AAAAAACAUUUUCUAUAAGAAACAUAGACAAGAAACAAAGGAUCAUGUCUCUAUCUAUCAAUGAUAUUGAACAGUUACAGGAGGCACAAGCAUUCAGGAAGUAUUAUUAUUAUACCAGCCAAACCUUCAUUGGUUGCAGCAUUUGGGACUUAGAUUAGAGACACCUAAACAUCAAUGUAUACCCUUUCCAUCCACUCAAGAUAUUAAUCAGACAGCAAAGUCAGCCAAGAGUAUUAGGAGCCAUAGCAUAGGAAGAAACAUUUUCUUUCGGGACAGAUGUACCUCUUUUCGUCCUACUGCAACCAAUUAAUCUACAGGGUGCAAAACCUUGACUAGAUUGGGAAAGCGCAUCCAAGUGCCCUCAAAGACAACGAAGUUCAGGACUUUUGGUCCAUUUACACUGCAAAAUUCCGAAGAAAUGAUUAACUGUUUUAGCCUUCCACCUCCUGUAUGACACCAUAAGUCAGCAGGUUUUUGGGAAAUCCCGAUUAUACCUGGGCCAAACACAAUCUAAUCUUGACAGCUAUUAUGUUGACAAAGAGUACUAGUACAGAACAAAGACUUUCAAGGGCCCUACUGAAGCAAUAAAGGAGAUGCUUUUAUCCUCAACUUUUCUCAAAAUGUGUUUGGAGCUUUUGACAAAAAGGAAGACAGAAGCUGUUGGCAGAGUAGAAUAGAGGGGGUGCUAGAAUCAGGCGCCUUACAGAAGCAUCUUGUUGCUCUACACAAAAUCUCAUUUAUAUUACAAGAAGUCCGUUUCAAGUCUAGCUUUACACAUUACCACUAUGACAUGAGCUAUCUACAAGGCCAUAUCAGAGAUACAGUAAGAAAUAAGCUACCAGAUGGAGAAUAUAUUCCUCUGCUCUGGCCGCAGGAUAAUGAUCAGAAUUCUUGAACUGCAGAGAAAAAUGAUCAGAAUUAGCAACCUAAUACGAAUUAGGAACUUCAUCUGCCUUCGAAUCUUUCUAUUCAAACUUCGGCUCCUUUUUAUUUUUUUCCCACUGUUUUGUAGAAUAUAAAUUUUCAUCUCAAUUACUUCUUUAAAAAAAUAAGAAACUACAUACAUUCUUCAAAUCCAGCUCCAGGAUCUUCAAUACAAAUCAGUUUCCAUGUUAAAAAUUAGGCCCUCUUCAAAACUUUGUCAUCAGAAUAUUUUUAGUUAGGAGCUUUUUUCAGGUGUCAAGAAAAGUGGACAUAGGAUAUCAUAUACCCAUAAGAUAAUCCAAGCCCCUAACCGGUAGGUUCUGUGCAACAGAUCUAAAUAGUAAUGAUACUUUUAAAUGUUGGAUUUUGUGACUGUUGGAGAAUAACUUCAGACAAAAUCCAACUCUGCCUUCCUACAAACAUUCACAGCACAAAAAUAGCAGUCUUGCAAACUGCAAUGCCAUCCCUCCUCUUUCCUAAUCACUAGUUUCAUGAAAUCACAUUUAUCGUAGUUUAUUUAUACACCAAAUUAUUCAUCUACAACUCAUAUAAGAAAAAGGAAAACCAGUAAAUGAAAAGUUGCCACCAUAGAGAAGUCCACUUAUUUUAGAACCCAAAAAGUAGUGUGUUAGCCAAAAAGUAUAGAAACCUUCAGCAGAGAGCAUGGAAUCAGUCUCUCUCAUACACACAUACCCACACAGAUCAUCAAAAGAAAGCAUUAGCAUUCAGCAACCAGACCCCAAAAACAUCCCCAUCCCACCACUGUCACAGUUCCCCACCCCCUAAAAACAUUCCCCAAUGCCAUAACAGAAAGCACCCCCCAUUAAAAAAAAAAAAACCCAGAAAUUAGUGGAAAAACUCACGUAGAAAGCAAAACAAAAACCAUGCACAGUGACACUCACCACUGAAUGCAAAAACCCUCAGUCCAAAAACUAAACACCUCCAACAUCUCCUCCACUUCCACCACCACCACCUAGCACAAGGAUGACACCAUGACAAACUCCACGGCCCAACCGGACCAGCACCAGCCUCCGCAACCAGAACAGCCACCAAGACCCCCACAAGUUAUCCGGAAACUUAUCGUGGAAGUUGUGGAGGCCCGCGACCUCCUCCCGAAAGAUGGCCAGGGCAGUUCAAGCCCAUAUGUCGUCGUGGAUUUUGACGGCCAAAAGAAAAGAACUUCCACUGUCCAGAAGAACCUCAACCCUUCUUGGAACGAGACCCUCGAGUUCGUCGUCUCUGAUCCUUCCACCAUGGAAUACGAAGAGCUCGAGAUUGAGGUUUACAACGACAAGAAGCUCAGCAGCGGGAAUGCAAGAAAAAACCAUUUCCUCGGCCGAGUUAAAAUUUACGGCAGUCAGUUUUCUAAGAGAGGUGAAGAAGGGAUAAUUCAUUUUGCACUUGAGAAAAAAAGUGUGUUCAGUUGGAUUAGAGGUGAGUUGGGGCUGAAGAUUUAUUACUAUGAUGAGCUAGAGGCCCCGCCUGAGCCACCACCUCAGGAGGAACCCCCACCGCCGGCCCCGGCGCAGACGGCGGAGGAAGACAAGAAACCGCCGGGUGUCGCUGUGAUCGAGGAAUUGCCCCCGAUGAGGAUUUUGGAGGUUCCGCUACCGACGGAGAUUGCUAUGGAGGUGAAAGAUCAGUCCCCGCCGGUUGUUACGAUUGAGGAGUCUCCUCCACAGCCACCGCCGGCCAAUGCGGCUCCGCCGGAGCAUGUUAGGUAUGUGGAGGUGCACGUUCCGCCGGUGAUGGAGUGCCCGCCGGAGGUGAGGAGGAUGCAGGCCGCGGCAGUCGGGAGAUGUAGCGAGAGAGUUAAGGUCGUGAGGCGACCAGCGAACGGAGAUUACUCGCCGAGAGUCAUUCCCGGGACCGGCGAUGCAUCGGAAAGGAUUCCAGCAUACGAUCUUGUGGAGCCGAUGCAGUAUUUGUUCAUUCGGAUCGUGAAGGCCCGCAAUCUGGCUCCGACUGAGAGCCCGUAUUUAAAUAUCCAGACCUCCAGUCACUCCGUCAAGUCUAGACCCGGGUCAACCCGACCCGGAGAGCCUCCAUCCAACCCGGAAUGGAACCAAGUGUUUGCUCUAUGCCACAAUAGAGCGGAGCAUUCCCGUUCAACCCUCCAAAUCUCGGUCUGGGAAUCCUCGUCGGAAAGGUUCCUCGGUGGCGUUUGCUUCGACCUUUCCGACGUGCCUGUGCGUGACCCACCGGAUAGCCCGCUCGCUCCCCAGUGGUACCACCUUGAUGGCAGCGGCCCCGGCGGAGGAGGUGAUGGCCGGGACAGUGUCCCCGGCGACAUUCAGCUAUCGGUUUGGAUAGGAACUCAGGCCGACGAUGCUUUCCCGGAAGCUUGGAGCUCCGACGCCCCUCCAAACCACGUGGCUCAUACGCGCUCAAAAGUAUACCAAUCUCCUAAGCUAUGGUACUUGAGAAUUACAGUGAUUCAAGCUCAAGACCUCCACAUUACUCCGAAUUUGCCCCCGCUAACCGUCCCGGAAAUUCGGAUCAAAGCACAACUCGGGCUUCAGUCGGUUCGGACGCGGAGAGGGUCCAUGAGCCACCAUGCUCCCGCGUUUCACUGGAACGAGGACUUGAUCUUUGUAGCCGGAGAGCCACUGGAAGACAACCUGAUAAUAUUGGUAGAAGACCGGACGGGUAGAGAUCCGGAAAUUCUCGGGUACGUGAGGAUUCCUCUAGUCUCGGUUGAGCAGCGGUUCGAUGAGCGGCACGUGGCGGCGAAGUGGUUGGCGUUAGAGGGCGGACCAAAUGGAGCCUACCGUGGGAGGGUACAAUUGAGAAUGUGCUUGGAGGGAGGGUAUCACGUGCUAGAUGAGGCGGCGCACGUGUGCAGCGACUUCAGGCCUACGGCGAAGCAGCUGUGGAAGCCGGCCAUUGGGAUUCUGGAGCUCGGGAUUUUGGGCGCUCGCGGAUUGCUGCCGAUGAAAUCCAAGGGCGGAGGGAAGGGGUCCACAGAUGCUUAUUGUGUUGCCAAGUAUGGGAAGAAAUGGGUCCGAACCCGGACCGUUACGGACAAUUUUGAUCCACGGUGGAAUGAACAGUACACCUGGCAGGUGUAUGAUCCGUGCACCGUUCUAACCAUCGGAGUAUUUGACAACUGGCGGAUGUUUGCUGACGCCGGAGAGGAGAAGCCGGAUUAUCAUAUUGGGAAAGUUCGGAUUCGGAUAUCCACGUUGGAGGGUAAUAAGGUGUACACAAAUUCGUACCCGUUAAUGGUUUUGUUAAGAACCGGGUUAAAGAAAAUGGGUGAAAUCGAGGUGGCGGUUCGAUUUGCCUGUCCGUCAAUGUUUCCGGAUACUUGCGCGGCGUAUGGGCAACCUUUGCUGCCGAGAAUGCACUAUCUCAGGCCACUGGCGAUAGCUCAGCAGGAGGCAUUACGAGCGGCGGCCACUAAAUUGGUGGCGGAUUGGUUGGGGCGAUCGGAGCCGCCGCUCGGGCCAGAGGUGGUUCGGUAUAUGUUGGAUGCGGACUCGCAUACAUGGAGCAUAAGGAAAAGUAAGGCUAAUUGGUUUCGGAUAGUGGCCGUACUGGCUUGGGCGGUUGGGCUGGCUAAAUGGUUGGAUGAUAUCAAAAGAUGGAAAAACCCGGUUACGACGAUUCUAGUCCACAUAUUGUACUUAGUGCUAGUGUGGUACCCGGAUUUAAUCGUGCCGACCGGGUUCUUAUACGUGUUUCUUAUCGGUGUAUGGUAUUAUCGGUUUAGGCCGAAAAUACCGGCGGGCAUGGAUAUCCGGCUUUCCCAGGCCGAGUCGGUCGACCCGGAUGAGUUGGACGAGGAAUUUGAUACGAUUCCGAGUUCAAGACCGGCCGAAAUUAUUAGAAUGAGGUAUGACCGGUUGAGGCUGCUGGCAGCAAGGGUCCAAACAGUUUUGGGAGAUUUUGCAACUCAGGGUGAAAGGGUCCAAGCAUUGGUGAGUUGGAGGGACCCCAGGGCCACCAAAAUUUUCAUAGGAGUGUGCCUUACAAUUGCAGCGGUGCUCUACAUGGUGCCACCAAAAAUGGUGGCAGUGGCCCUUGGAUUCUAUUUUCUGCGGCAUCCCAUGUUCAGGGACCCAAUGCCACCAGUCAGCUUGAAUUUCUUUAGGAGGCUUCCCAGUUUAUCUGACAGGUUGCUGUAGUUUUGUAGUAGAUUUUUUUUUAAAAAAAAAAAAAAGAAAAAAAAACUAUUUAGAAGAUUAAUAGAGAGAGUGGUCAAUUUUUGGCGCCAGGAAUUGUGGGACUGAUGGAAGAUCAUUUGAUGAUUGGUGAGUGUGAAACUGUGUCUGUUUGGGCAUGGGAUCUGUUGAAAAGUUGAUUGAUUAAUAACAACAUGGGAAGAAGUGAAAAGUGAGGGAGGCAAGUGGGAUUUGGAGCUUUUUGUUGUUUGAAUUCAUUGACUAACUGUUGAAUUGAAAUAAGGAAAAAGGGUAGGGGAAGUAAUAGCCAUAAAGGGUUUGGGGGGGAGUUUAGAAAAGAGGGGGCAGAGAUUUGAAAUGAAGGUUACUAGGGCUGUGAUGAUGUCCUGAAAAGCACUAACAUAUUGUUGUUGGUUUUGCAUUUUAACAUCAUCAAAUGUAAAACCAUUCUAGUACUAGAACUUUUGCUGCAAA